AUGAGCCUCUCCGCCCUCUCCCGCGCGCUCGCGCGCUCCUCCCGGUCGCGCCAGGGUUAUCUGCUCGGGGGCCAUGGCGUGUUCCGCGCGCCGCUGCCUUCGCCUUCGCCGUCGCCGUCGCCGCUGCUGCCCGGCGGUGAGGGCGCCGGUCUGCGGCUCGUGCGUCGCUACCUGACGUCCGCUCUGGGGAGCCGGGCUGCGGCGGCCAACGGGGCCGGGAAGGUCCGGGGCGGGAGGUCCCUGCUCGCCAACUCGCAGGCCCGGCGGCUGUUCUCCGACCAGUCGAAAAAGAAUUUCCCCAAGGAGAAGGAGGUGCCGAAAGGGGAUGGGAGCAACAAGUCUGAAUCGAAGAAUGAACCCAGUUCAGGUGGUCAGCCAAACGUCCAGCAGAAACUUCUGAAGCUAUUCCAGGACUCUAUUGGUCCUGUAUUCCUUCUUGGCCUAUUACUGGCAACAUUAUCGGGUUCAUCGGAGAAGGAGAUAAGCUUUCAAGAAUUUAAGAACAAGCUUUUAGAACCUGGGUUAGUUGACCGCAUCGUUGUUAUAAACAAGACAGUUGCAAAAGUUCAUGUCAGAAGUUCACCCUCGACCAAGCAAAACCAGCAUAAUGAUACAAGUAUUACUACCAGUCAUCUUCCUGGUCAAGAGGCUCCUAGCAAAUACAAGUAUUACUUUAACAUUGGAAGUGUUGAUUCUUUCGAAGAGAAGUUAGAAGAGGCUCAGGAAGCAUUGGGGAUAGAUCGACAUGAUUACAUCCCUGUGAUUUAUGCUGAUAAGAUAAGCUGGUUCCAGGAAAUCAUGAAGUUUGCCCCGACACUUUUCAUUGUUGGCUUGCUAUAUGUGGUGGGGAGAAAGAUGUCGAUUAGUAUUGGUAGUGGUUCUGGGCAAGGAGGCCGUAGUAUUUUCAGUAUUGGAAAAGCUCAAGUGACAAAGAUGGAUAAAAACUCCAAAAACAAGCUUUUCUUUAAGGAUGUAGCUGGUUGUGAUGAAGCUAAACAAGAAAUCAUGGAAUUUGUUCAUUUCCUGAAAAAUCCUGACAAAUAUGAAGCACUGGGAGCUAAAAUACCGAAGGGUGCUCUUCUUUGUGGACCCCCUGGCACAGGAAAGACUCUCCUUGCUAAAGCUACUGCUGGAGAGUCUGGUGUACCGUUCUUGUCUAUAUCUGGUUCAGACUUCUUGGAAAUGUUUGUUGGUGUUGGACCAUCCAGGGUGAGAGGCUUAUUUCAAGAAGCUCGGGAAUGUGCACCUAGUAUUGUAUUUAUUGAUGAAAUUGAUGCAAUUGGUCGUGCAAGAGGCCGUGGAGGGUAUUCUGGUGGGAACAGUGAGCGUGAAAAUACGUUGAAUCAGUUGCUUGUAGAGAUGGAUGGGUUUGGAACAACAGCUGGGGUAGUUGUACUUGCAGGCACAAAUAGACCUGACAUCCUGGAUAAGGCUUUGCUAAGACCAGGAAGAUUUGAUCGUCAGAUAAGUAUUGAUAGGCCAGACAUAAAUGGCCGUGAACAAAUAUUCCGCAUCUACCUUGCAAAGCUAAAACUGGAUAAGGAGCCGUCGUUCUAUUCACAAAGAUUAGCUGCGCUGACACCUGGAUUUGCUGGAGCAGAUAUUGCCAAUAUCUGUAACGAGGCUGCUCUAAUUACUGCAAGAAGAGAUGAGAAGCUGAUUACAAUGCAGCAUUUUGAAUCUGCAAUUGAUAGGGUAAUUGGAGGCUUGGAGAAGAAAAAUACGGUCAUUAGCAAACUGGAGCGUCGAACCGUUGCUUACCAUGAAUCUGGUCAUGCUGUUGCUGGAUGGUUUUUGGAGCAUGCAGAGCCACUCCUUAAAGUUACAAUUGUACCUCGUGGAACAGCUGCUUUAGGCUUUGCCCAGUACGUACCAAGUGAGAAUCUUUUGAUGACAAAAGAACAGUUUUUUGACAGGACAUGCAUGACCCUAGGUGGCCGAGCCGCUGAGGAGGUUUUGAUUGGGAAGAUCUCGACUGGUGCUCAGAAUGAUCUGGAGAAAGUUACUAAAAUGACUUACGAGCAGGUUGCAGUAUAUGGCUUCAGUGAAAAGGUUGGGCUCCUAUCUUUCCCUCAAAGGUAUGAUGGUUUUGGAAUGGACAAGCCAUAUAGCGGGCAGACAGCAUCCAUGAUUGACACUGAGGUGAGGGAAUUGGUUGCCAAGGCCUACAACACCACUACUGAGCUGAUAAGGAAGCACAAGGACAAAGUUGCCCAAGUUGCAGAGCUGUUGCUUGAGAAGGAGGUCCUCCAUCAGGAUGAUCUGGUCCGGGUUCUAGGGGAGCGCCCAUUCAAGCCAGACGAGCCAACAAAUUAUGAUCGCUUCAAACAAGGUUUCAUGGAUUCUGAGGACAGUAAGAGUGCUGAAGUCGACCCAUCAUCAUCCGUUGGCGAGGCAGUGCCAACAUAA